AACAGCAGCAGCAGCAGAAGUAGAAGCAGCACCAGCAGCAGCAGCAGCAGCAGCAGCAGCAGCAGCAGCAACAUGGGAAAGAAGCCUUUGUCCCUGCUGAUUUCUUGUGCCCUUCUUGCCUACUUUGUGUACACUCCUGUCCCAGAAAACAUCGAACAACCAUGGAAAGUGAUGAUUGCCUGGGCUCUGGUUAGAGUUCACAUCCAAGUGGCAGUGCUUUUGGAUAUACUCGGAUUUCCACCUUUUGCACUUUUGCAUCUCCUGGAAGUAUCACCGAUAUCUGAUGCAAAUGUCACAGUGACAGAUACUCUGUUCAAUGAAGUUCCAGUGCGAGUCUUUGAGCCAAAGCAAAAGUCGUCUACGAUGAGAAGAGCCGUGUUUUACAUUCAUGGUGGUGGCUGGGCCAUGGGAGAUGCUACUUGGAUCCCCUAUGAUGAUUUGGGGAGAGAGAUGGUGAACAAACUCGACGCUGUGGUAGUAUCAACUAACUACAGACGAUCACCUCAAUAUCACUUUCCAACUCAAUUUGAAGAUGUAUAUGAUGCCUUAAGGUGGUUCUUGAGGAAGAAAGUCCUUGCAGAGUAUGGCGUGGACCCAACCCGUAUCUCUAUUGCUGGAGACAGUGCUGGGGGGAAUUUAGCUGCAGCUGCCACUCAGAAGCUUCUAGAUGAUCCAGCAGUCAAAAUAAAAGUCAAGAUUCAGUCUUUAAUUUAUCCUGCUCUUCAGGCUCUUGAUGUGGAUUUACCAUCAUAUCGAGAAAAUGCCCAUAUGCCCAUGCUGCGAAAAUAUAACAUGGUUCUGUUUUGGAGCUUGUAUUUCACCUCAGACAAGGCACUGAAGGAAGCCAUGCUUGCUAACCAACAUACACCUGUGGAGUCCAGCCAUCUCUUCCAGUUUGUCAACUGGAGUACCCUGCUUCCUGAGAGGUUUCAAAAAGGACACCUGUAUACCAACCCAAUUCAUGGACACUCUGACCUUGCAAAAAAGUACCCGGGAUUUCUAGAUGUCAGAGCAUCCCCUCUGUUAGCUGAUGACUCUAAGUUACAGCGUUUGCCCUUGACCCAUAUCCUCACCUGUCAAUAUGAUGUCUUAAGAGAUGAUGGGCUCAUGUAUGUCUCCCGCCUUAGGGCUGCAGGGGUCCAGGUUGUCCAUGAGCAUGUGGAAGAUUGGUUUCAUGGAGUCUUGUCAUUCAGUAAAUAUUUUAGAGCAAGCCGUAGGGAACUCAACAAAUAUCUGAAGUGGCUAGAGGAGAAUCUGUAGUGAUAAUUCAGCUCUUCCAUUCCCCCAAGAUCCUGUUUCUUAUGUGUGCAUAUCACAGUAUUGGCUGCUGGCAGGGGUGGAGUAGGCUGGGAAUAGGGAUUAGAAACUGAACUAAGAGAUGGUUUGACUGUCCUGAACAUAAGAUUUGUGCACAGAUAGAUGCAAUAAAACUGAAGCAAAGGGGAGAAAACAUGCAUUGACAUGUCAUCAAGUCAAAUAUCCUAAGUGCUUAGCAGAAGUUCAAACCAGAUGAAAUGUGGGUCCGGAGGAUGAUUGGUGAAGCUCCUGUCUUUGUCUUGAGCAGCUCACCUGCACCCUCAACCAUUUCCUUCAUAUGCCAACCUGUGUGUCCAAAGAAGAAUAUGUAAAUGGAUCCUGCCAACCUUAAAACACUGCAUAAAUGCUAGUGAUUAUUGUUGU